AUGGCCGCCCUCGUCUCUCAGCUGGUAGGCCUAAUAGGCGUCGCGUUCGCGACGGGCUCAUCCCCAAGCCUGGUCCAGACGCUGCCACUGCAGCCCGAACACCAAUGGUUCAUGCCGCUGCAAGGCGCUCUCGGGCAGGUAUGUCGGUCGGGCUUCCCGCUCUUCAGCACCACCUCUAACCACGCGCAGGUGUCAGACCAUGACCUCUCGACGGCGUCCUUAAAGGCCCAAAUAUCCAUGGUGCCCGCCGGUGCGCGCGACGCCCUCGCGUCGUUCCUCGUCGCGGCCCUCCGCUCCGUGCGCGACUUCUACGGCGCGACCGACGCCGAGGGCACGUACGCCGAGUUCCGCGCCAUGGUCACUGUGCAUGUCGAACUGCACAAGCUCUACUCGACCCAGGACGGCAACGGCGACUAUGCGUACCCCUGCCUCAACGGGCUCGUGGUGGAGGUGUGCCACCGGCUCGUCGAGCUGUCCGCGAAUGCGGCUGCCCUGUCGACCGCGCCGAUUAGGGACGAGCGCUCGUCGCGCCAGAUAAAGGACACGACGAGACAGUGUGUCGAGAAGAGCCUGCAGGUGUCGGCGGCGCACAUGAACCCCGCCGAGUGGAACAGCGAGCUCAACCGCAACGACAGCGUGGGCGACAUUGUGUGGGAGCUCGGCAACAUCCUGUGGCGGCAGUACGCCCAGCGCCGGCUGCACCAGCAGGCGACGGAGCUCGCCAAGACGUUUGGCGCGCUCCAGCCGAGCGAGCGGGACCGGCUCGACGGGCGCGGGUUCAUGGUGGCGCAGAGCACGCUCGCGCAGUCGUAUUACUGGCGCGGCCGGCUGGGCGUCGUGCUGCUCGACUUCAGACAGAGCAGGGACUGGCUCGAGCGCGCGUGGAAGGCGUGCCCCGAGGACGGGUGGCAGCAACGCCGCGCGAUCCUCAUCCGCCUCAUUCCCGUCGCGCUCCUCCUGGGCAAACUCCCCACGCUGGAAGUACUCCAGGACUACGACCUCGAGGAGCCGUUCGGGCCCCUGAUCGACGCCUUUAGAACCGGCAACGUCGCGGCGUGGCGCCAGCUGCUGGACACGCACCGCGAGUGGCUGCGCGCGCGGAGUAUCUGGCUGUUACUCUUCGAGCGGGGCGAGAUCCUCGUCUGGCGCAACCUGUUCCGCAAAGCCCUGCAGAUAUACUACGAGACGGACGCGAACGCGACCAAGAACCGCCCGCCAACGUGGGUGUUCACGACGGCCGCGGCGCAGGCGUUCGAAGGGACCGGCGAGCUCGAGGACGGCAGCGUCGCGCUCGAAGACAUCAUCUGCGUGCUGUCCAGCCUCAUCGACCAGGGGCUCGUGCUCGGCCAGCUGUCGUACGCGUCCCGCAACCUCGUGAUGCGGCCGGCAGAGGACGGCAUGGGCGGGUUCCCGCGCAUCGCGGAUGUGCGGCCGCGCACGGUACAGGCGAUCAAGUAGGCGC